AUGAGGGCUCAUCCAAUCUUUCGUGGGUUUUGCACUAAUUCGAUUUUUUUUAUUCUUUGCGAAGUGGGUAUGGUGGGUAACGACGACGCGGGUCAUCUCUCCGCCUCCCGGAAAAUGUUCUGGCGCUCGGCGUCGUGGUCCUCCUCCCGCACCGCCGCUGGGAACGCCCCUUCGGGCGAGGCGAAUAAGGGUUUCGGGGAUUCCAGCGGCGCAGAGGGUCCUCACGUCCAGAACCGCCGGUUCCCUCCGCCGCCACUGACGCCUCGGUCGCAGCAGAAUUGUAAGGCGCGGUCGUGUCUGCCGCCUCUGCAACCGCUCUCCAUCGCCCGGCGGAGUCUUGAUGAGUGGCCAAAGGCGAGUUCCGAUGACAUCGGCGAGUGGCCGCAGCCGCCCACCACCCCCGGCGGGAGAGGUAAUGGUAGCAAUGGUGAAAGAUUAAAACUUGAUUUGUCUUCCAUUCAGCAUAACAACCCUGAUCAUAGUAGGAGUAGCAAUGGUGGGCUUGUGAAGAGGGAUAAGAUUGCAUUUUUCGAUAAGGAGUGUUCAAAAGUUGCUGAGCAUGUGUACCUUGGCGGUGACGCUGUUGCUAGGGAUAGGGACAUUUUGAAGCAUAAUGGGAUCACUCAUGUGUUGAAUUGUGUGGGGUUUGUGUGUCCUGAGUACUUUAAGGCUGAUUUUGUUUAUAGGACUUUGUGGCUGCAGGAUAGUCCCUCUGAGGACAUUACUAGUAUCUUGUAUGAUGUCUUUGACUACUUUGAGGAUGUUAGGGAACAAGAUGGGAGGGUGUUUGUGCACUGUUGUCAAGGGGUCUCUAGGUCUACAUCUUUGGUCAUUGCUUACCUUAUGUGGAGGGAAGGGCAAAGUUUUGAUGAUGCUUUUCAGUUUGUGAAGGCGGCAAGAGGGAUUGCGGAUCCGAAUAUGGGUUUUGCUUGCCAGUUGUUGCAGUGCCAGAAAAGGGUCCACGCGUUCCCUCUUAGUCCUAGUUCUUUGUUGAGGAUUUACAGGAUUGCUCCACACUCACCGUAUGAUCCUUUGCAUCUUGUUCCCAAAAUGUUGAUGGAUCCUUCGUCAGCUGCAUUGGACUCCAGAGGCGCGUUUAUUGUGCACAUUCCUUCGGCAAUAUAUGUUUGGAUUGGUAAGAGUUGUGAGGCCAUCAUGGAGAGGGACGCCAGAGGGGCGGUUGGCCAGAUUGUUCGGUAUGAGAAGGUGCAAGGACCAAUUGUGAUGAUUAAGGAAGGUGAGGAACCGGCUUACUUCUGGGAUGCUUUUUCAAAUUUUCUGCCCUUGAUGGAUAAAUCUGGUAAUAGAGUAGAAGAUGGAAAGUUAACUAGUAAAGUUUUGCCUGGUGAAAGGAGAGUGGAAGCAUAUGAUGUUGAUUAUGAAGUUUUCAGAAAAGCAAUCACGGGAGGAUUUGUGCCUCCCUUUGCAUCAUCCGAGAAUGAACAUGAAACCCACCUGCCUGCCAGAGAGAGUAGUUGGAGUGCUUUAAGGCGUAAAGUUGCCUCUGCUAAUAUGAAGGAGUUUGUUUCUGCCCCUAGGUUAUCCUUUCCAAGGGUUUAUUCAGAUUCCAUGUUGUGUAUUCAUACAUCAGCAAAUUUGUCUCCAUCCUCAUCCCUUUCAUCAUCGUCAUCAACUAUAUCAUCAUCCUCUUCACCGUCUUAUGUUUCUCCUGAUUCCAUUUCUUCUGAUUCUAGCACUCAUUCUAAGUUUUUGUCAGAAGUGUCCCCAGAUUCUUCCUCUCUGGUUUUGACUCCUAUUCCUGUAUCUUCAUCUUUGUCUAAUUUUUCUAAUUUGUCAAUCUCUUCAAAUUCUACUUCUCAAACAGUGUCUAACAGUACAGAUAUCCUUGGUGUCAAGUUAUCACAUCCCUGGUCUCAGUCAGCCUCUUUACCAUUGAAAAAACCGUCAGCUUCCCUUGCUGAACGCAGAGGUAGUUUGUCAAAAUCUUUGAAGUUGCCCCUAAAGAAUGAUAAGAAGCAAGUAAUGGAUAAGCCGUUGACCUUUCAUAAUAGUCAAGAAUAUGACAUUGUUGUUAAUGGCAAUGUUAGCUAUUUGCAACAAUCAGAUAGUAAAGAUUAUCAUCGUGAGUCUAACAACCAUGCCAAGGAUGGAGGUGUGAGUUCAUUUCAAAAGUGUGAUCUGGCAUUAUGUCCAACCAUUGUUGACAGCAUGCACCUCAAGGAAUCAUCGCUUGUUCGGAGCUCUGUUGGGCCUUUGAUAGAUAGUUCCUCAAUUGAAGACAUAUUGCUUGGUCAAUCUACAGCAUUGAAGGGAACUAAUGAGAGUGGCUUACUGCAGUUUAAUGUCACACAGACUUCGGUAUAUCACUGGCCCAGUUUAGAAAAGAUUGAGACAUUUGGUACAGGUCAUUUGGAUUCUAAAGCUGCUUUUGUCAUAUUCUCUCCCAGUAUGCAUGUACAUGAAGGGAACAUGUUAUAUAUUUGGGUAGGGAGGUCUUUCAACUGUGACGCUUCACAUGUUCACUUGGAUAUUGAUAAACAGUUAGAUUGUGUAGGAGCUGUUGACUGGGAUCAUAUUGGUUGUGAUCUCCUUGUACAGUUUAGUUUGCCGAAGAAUACAGUCGUCAAGAUUGUUAAAGAGAACGAAGAACCUUCAGAGUUCCUUGCUUUGCUCAGUUCAUUGUAG